AGGCGAUCAAGAGUCGCGCUGCCAGCUGGAGCUGAACUGCAGUGAGAGCGAGGCGUUCCGCAAUUGCACGUGUUUAGCCACAUAAAUACGCCACUGCACGCCAGCUGUUGCAAACGGCACGGAUCCGACGCAGUUGCAUCCAUACAGUGAUUUACGCUGCAUUAAAUACACCACAAAAGACAUCACACAGACAAGUGAGAGACAUCAUGAUGCGCUCGCUGGCGUUCCUGUCAUGCGUGAGAGCCUUCACGGCACCCAAAACCAUUGCGCAGAGAGCCCUCGCACUGCGCGCGGGCGACGCGCCGGACGACAAGACGCUCUUCGCGCUGGGCGUCAACGUCGCGACGCAACUGAACGACAUACGAACGCUCUUCAAGAAGGAGGAGAUCCCCAAAAUUGUGGAGGGCAUCACCGCCUACUUGAGUAAGGAGGUCGUGGACCCGAAGCCGGUCCUCGUCGAGCAGGGCAACGCCAUCAACCAGUUAAUUCAACAGCGCAUGGCGUCGGCUAUUGAUGAUGAGAAAGCCAGAGGCGCCGAGGCCGUGGCCGCGGCCGCGGCCGUCGAGGGCGCGGAGCAGACCAAGUCCGGUUUGGUGAUUGAGCACGUCAAGGAGGGCGUCGGCCCGUUCCCGACGGCGGCCUCGACGGUGUCCGUGCACUACGUGGGUACCCUUAUUGAUGGCACCGUGUUCGAUUCGUCAAGGGCGCGAGGAGAACCGGCGCAGUUCGCCGUCAAGCAGGUCAUCAAGGGCUGGCAGGAAGCUUUACAGCUCAUGCAGGAGGGCGGCACGGCGAAGCUCACGAUCCCGGCCGACAUCGCCUACGGCGACGGCGGCUCGCCGCCGAACAUCCCGGGCGGCGCGACGAUCUGCUUCGAGGUGGAGCUGCUCAAGGUCCUCACGGGCGGCGUCGGGGGCCUAAUCCUUUAAGUUAUA